GCACCCAAAGUAGAAUUGACCGACUUCGUCAAAUCAAGUCUGGCCGACCGAGAGAGACCAAUCGCCGCCAAGGCUCGGGCACAGCUCAUUGAAUCCACUUUCAAGGCCCUGUCUGGCUUCUCAGAGGAAGCCAAAACCACUUUCCUGGCUGUGGGUGAGGAGAUGUAUGCCAGCCGGCGGGUUCGGGUCAACGCACUCAUCAAGGCCGCCUGCCUCGCUAUGACAGUUGAUCAGCUAGACGAGGCUCUAAACGACCUUAAUAUGGCUGUUAAGUUGCAGCCAGACUUCUCGGUCGCCCUUGUGAGUUGGUUGUGUAAUAGGGUUUUCGCUGCAACCUAG